GAGCGUCGAGAAUAAGCUUUCGUUGUCAGCAGACUCGAUAAACAGCGGUGGAAUGUCGUUCACAGAUCAUCACCGGGUAUCAAGGUCGAUUCUAAAGAAGUCCGAUAGUGGUAAUAAUUACUAUAGCAAUGCUGGUGAUUCGGAUACUGAGAAAUUGAUUACGGACAGCAUGUCCACGGCGAGCAUAUGUGAUAAUGAAAGCUCGUGUGAUACCUCAGCCAAUACGAAUAGUGCGCAAAAACGUCCCAUAUCGCCAUUACUUUCGCGACAGGUUCUUGAAUCAAUAUUCCGCACAAAUAACAACGCUGAGAGAGAGUACAUGAACGACAAGGGAGAUAAAAAAGUUAGCAUCGCAAAGAUGUCGAAGAUUCUAUUUAGUGAUAUCGAAGAGGAGAAACAUGCUCGCGAUGAAACAAUAGUGGAGAAUCAAAAUAAAGAGCUGGACGAACAAUCAUGGAGAUCAAAGAUACGUGUUCAAGAGGAAUCUAAGGAAACUAUGCUAAUACUGCGUCCCUACAAAGCGAAGAAGACGAUGACAGAGGAAAAAAGGAAACCCAACAAGAGCGGGCAUAGCUCUUGCACAUCUUACAAGAGUUCUGACGCAAAUUAUUUUCCUCAGGAAUACAAUUUUUCGUCGUAACUGCUUCCUCGACUUCAAUAACUUUUUGCUAUUAGGCAUUGCAUAUAGUCGCAUUAUCAUCGAUCAUUCUACGACUGCAGUUAACAUAUGCCCGUAGGACCGUAUAAUAGCUCAUUAUAUGUGCCUAUUAAUUGCGAUAGCCUUACAAUUAGUACCAGUUGCACCAGCAAUCUUGAUAAAUUAAUUGUAUAACACAUCAAGUAGGUCUGUUACAAUUUAUUCCAACAUUUUAACCCUAACUUUUCAUUAGAGGUAGUCAAAUAAGUUAGAGUUUAACGGUUUGACAGGUUAUGUCCGGUUAAAGUCGAGUAAAAAGUUAAUUUUUAAACUUUG